AUGGCUGUCACCAAGCUUGCUGGAGUGGUUGAAUUGAAAGUGAAUGAGUAUAACGGAUCAAGGAAGAAGAACAAGAGCAAUUUGGAAAACAGUGUGGUGAGUUUGACGAAAGAGAAUAGGAGUAUAGAUAGUUUGCUUAUGAUUGCUUUGGUGGAGAUGGAGGCUAUGGAUAAGAGCUUGAGUAGGUUAAAAGGGAAUAGUGAGCAGAAUAGUAUUGCAGAAAGUUCAGGUACUAAGGUGGAUACUCCUAGAGCUAAUGCUGGGACUAAGUUAGAUAGUAGUGAGAGUGAAGAGGAGGUAGUAAGCCUGGCAUCAACUGUAGAGAGGAUAACAAAGAAUUUAAACCUUGAAAUCACCCAAUUGAGGAGGUCUUUGGAAGAAUCUAGGUCAAGCACCGAGCACCUACAGAGUCUUACAGAGAAACAAGCUCAAGAUUUUGCUGAAAACAUGCUAUAUAUCAAGGAGUUGGAAGAUAGAGAGAAAAAGUUGGCUCAAAAUGUUGAGGAACUCCUUUUGAAAAUAAAACAAACUGAAGCAGAGGUUGCUAGAUGGAAGGAAGCUUGUGAAUUAGAUGUUGAAGCUGGGAAACGUGAGAUUGAAGAACGUGACAAAGUGGUGUUUCCCACAUUUCUGGAACUAGAGCAAAUAAAGACUAUUUUGGACAUAUCAAAUCGUAAAUUAAAUGAAAAAGAAGAACUUGCAGCUGUUGCCAUGGCUGCCAAGGCAGCAGCAGAGAAGUCCUUGCAACUGGCUGAUAGCACAGCUGCAGAACUCCGCAAGCGGGUAGAAGAGCAGUCAAAACAAUUAGGAGAAGCAGAGAUCCGAGACCAGAGCCGAUGCAAGGCCAGACACAUAUGUUGGCCACGGCAAGCACUCAAACCAAGUACUGCCUGUAUGAACAAUAGAGUGAAGAAUGUAAAAAGGAUUCUACCAAACUGCAAGAAGGAUGCUGUCAAACCGAGUAUUGCUACCAUAAAUAAUAAAGUAAAGAAUUUGAGAAGGAUACUAUCAAAAUGCAAGACUUGA